CAUGGCUUGUUACCUCAUUGGCACACACAAUACAGCACACCACAACAACCCAAACAACUUCCAGAUCCUUCCACAACAUUCUAUGAGUCAUAUCAGUGGGUUCACCCUUCUCCCUCCCCUGUUCCCCCUUAUAUUCACUCUCCCUUUCUCCUCCUUUUUCCAUUCUCAAACAAUUUUUCCAUUAUUCUCAAUUAUUCAUCACACCCUCUUCCUCUCUCACCAAUCAAAAGAGCUUUUCUGAAUAAAAAUCAUGGCUUCAGGGACCACCGAGGUGCCGGAGAAUUCUGUUUUCGAGAGGGUCGAGCGAAACAGAGACAUAACUCUGUUUCUUCCCUUUCUCUUUGGCCUCUCGGAGACCACCGCAGGACGGGACGGCGAUGACCCACGUCACGAAAACGGGAACACUGAAGCCCGCCAGCCUCAAAGAAUCAUCUUGGUGAACCCCUUCACUCAGGGCAUGGUGGUCAUCGACGCGGACUCGCGCCUCGAAGCUCUGUUUCGCGAACUCGGCAGCGGAAAAGGUGGUCGACCUCCGGCUACGAAGGAAUCCAUUGAGGCCAUGCCAAGUGUGGAAGUUGGAGAGGGUGAGGAUUUGGAGUGCGUGGUUUGUUUGGAGGAGUUUGAGGUUGGUGGGGUGGCGAAGGAGAUGCCGUGUAAGCACAAGUUUCAUGGUGAUUGUAUUGAGAAGUGGUUGGGGAUGCAUGGGUCUUGCCCUGUGUGUAGGUACGAGAUGCCCGUGGAGAAUAAUUUCGGGAGGAAAAGCGAGGAAGAAGAAGGGGGAGAGAGGAGAAGGGAUGGUGGUGAUGAAGUUUGGGUUAGUUUUUCUUACAAUAGGAUUCGGAGAGGCCAGGAUCAUGAUCAAGCUGCUUCUUCAAAUGAUGAUUCUCCAUCAAGUCAUGGAGAUGAUGAUGAUGAUGAUGUUGUAGAGAGUUAGGGAAUGGUUAUGGUUUUGGGUACAGAGUGUUAUCGGUUUUGAAAUUGGGGAAGGAUUGAUAAAUAUAUGUACAGGAAAAAUUGCACGAAAUUGUUAUUAUAUUAUAUAUUUUCUUGCAAUGAAUAAAGAAUGAUGAUUUUUUUACU